AUGUGGGCGUGGCUGUCCCUGCUGCUGUGGGCGUGGCUGUCCCUGCUGCUGUGGGCGUGGCUGUUCCUGCUGCUGUGGGCGUGGCUGUCCCUGCUGCUGUGGGCGUGGCUGUUCCCUGCUGCUGUGGCCGUGGCUGUUCCUGCUGAUGUGGGCGUGGCUGUCCCUGUUGCUGUGGGCGUGGCUGUCCCUGCUGCUGUGGCCGUGGCUGUUCCUGCUGAUGUGGGCGUGGCUGUCCCUGCUGCUGUGGCCGUGGCUGUUCCUGCUGAUGUGGGCGUGGCUGUCCCUGCUGCUGUGGGCGUGGCUGUCCCUGCUGCUGUGGCCGUGGCUGUCCCUGCUGCUGUGGGCGUGGCUGUUCCUGCUGCUGUGGGCGUGGCUGUCCCUGCUGCUGUGGCCGUGGCUGUUCCUGCUGAUGUGGGCGUGGCUGUCCCUGCUGCUGUGGCCGUGGCUGUCCCUGCUGCUGUGGGCGUGGCUGUCCCUGCUGCUGUGGCCGUGGCUGUUCCUGCUGAUGUGGGCGUGGCUGUCCCUGCUGCUGUGGCCGUGGCUGUCCCUGCUGCUGUGGGCGUGGCUGUCCCUGCUGCUGUGGCCGUGGCUGUUCCUGCUGAUGUGGGCGUGGCUGUCCCUGUUGCUGUGGGCGUGGCUGUCCCUGCUGCUGUGGCCGUGGCUGUUCCUGCUGAUGUGGGCGUGGCUGUCCCUGCUGCUGUGGCCGUGGCUGUCCCUGCUGCUGUGGGCGUGGCUGUCCCUGCUGCUGUGGCCGUGGCUGUUCCUGCUGAUGUGGGCGUGGCUGUCCCUGCUGCUGUGGGCGUGGCUGUCCCUGCUGCUGUGGCCGUGGCUGUCCCUGCUGCUGUGGGCGUGGCUGUCCCUGCUGCUGUGGCCGUGGCUGUUCCUGCUGAUGUGGGCGUGGCUGUCCCUGCUGCUGUGGCCGUGGCUGUCCCUGCUGAUGUGGGCGUGGCUGUUCCUGCUGAUGUGGCCGUGGCUGUUCCUGCUGAUGUGGGCGUGGCUGUCCCUGCUGCUGUGGGCGUGGCUGUCCCUGCUGCUGUGGCCGUGGCUGUCCCUGCUGCUGUGGGCGUGGCUGUCCCUGCUGCUGUGGCCGUGGCUGUUCCUGCUGAUGUGGGCGUGGCUGUCCCUGCUGCUGUGGCCGUGGCUGUCCCUGCUGCUGUGGGCGUGGCUGUCCCUGCUGCUGUGGCCGUGGCUGUUCCUGCUGAUGUGGGCGUGGCUGUCCCUGCUGCUGUGGGCGUGGCUGUCCCUGCUGCUGUGGGCGUGGCUGUUCCUGCUGAUGUGGGCGUGGCUGUCCCUGCUGCUGUGGCCGUGGCUGUUCCUGCUGAUGUGGGCGUGGCUGUCCCUGCUGCUGUGGGCGUGGCUGUCCCUGCUGCUGUGGCCGUGGCUGUUCCUGCUGAUGUGGGCGUGGCUGUCCCUGCUGCUGUGGGCGUGGCUGUCCCUGCUGCUGUGGGCGUGGCUGUGGGCGUGGCUGUUCCUGCUGCUGUGGGCGUGGCUGUUCCUGCUGCUGUGGGCGUGGCUGUCCCUGCUGCUGUGGGCGUGGCUUUGGGCGUGGCUGUUCCUGCUGCUGUGGGCGUGGCUGUUCCUGCUGCUGUGGGCGUGGCUGUGGGCGUGGCUGUUCCUGCUGCGCUGUGGGCGUGGCUGUUCCUGCUGCUGUGGGCGUGGCUGUGGGCGUGGCUGUCCCUGCUGCUGUGGGCGUGGCUGUCCCUGCUGCUGUGGGCGUGGCUGUGGGCGUGGCUGUUCCUGCUGAUGUGGGGUGGAGGAGGAUCAGGAGUGGCAGGGUGGAGGAGGAUCAGGAGUGGCAGGGUGGAGGAGAAGCAGGAGUGGCAGGGUGGAGGAGGAUCAGGAGUGGCAGGGUGGAGGAGGAGCAGGAGUGUCAAGGUGGAGGAGGAGCAGGAGUGGCAGGGUGGAGGAGGAGCGGAGUGUGCGGGCAGGAGUGGCAGGGUGGAGGAGGAUCAGGAGUGGCAGGGUAGAGGAGGAGCAGGAGCAGGAGUGGCAGGGUGGAGGAGGAGCAGGAGUGGUAGGGUGGAGGAGGAUCAGGAGUGGCAGGGUGGAGGAGGAGCAGGAGUGGCAGGGUGGAGGAGGAUCAGGAGUGGCAGGGUGGAGGAGGAGUGGAGUGUGCAGGCAGGAGUGGCAGAGUGGAGGAGGAUCAGGAGUGGCAGGGUGGAGGAGAAGCAGGAGUGGCAGGGUGGAGGAGGAUCAGGAGUGGCCGGGUGGAGGAGGAGUGGAGUGUGCGGGCAGGAGUGGCAGGGUGGAGGAGGAUCAGGAGUGGCAGGGUGGAGGAGGAGCGGAGUGGCAGGGUGGAGGAGGAUCAGGAGUGGCAGGGUGGAGGAGAAGCAGGAGUGGCAGGGUGGAGGAGGAUCAGGAGUGGCAGGGUGGAGGAGGAGCAGGAGUGUCAAGGUGGAGGAGGAGCAGGAGUGGCAGGGUGGAGGAGGAGCGGAGUGUGCGGGCAGGAGUGGCAGGGUGGAGGAGGAUCAGGAGUGGCAGGGUAGAGGAGGAGCAGGAGCAGGAGUGGCAGGGUGGAGGAGGAGCAGGAGUGGUAGGGUGGAGGAGGAUCAGGAGUGGCAGGGUGGAGGAGGAGCAGGAGUGGCAGGGUGGAGGAGGAUCAGGAGUGGCAGGGUGGAGGAGGAGUGGAGUGUGCAGGCAGGAGUGGCAGAGUGGAGGAGGAUCAGGAGUGGCAGGGUGGAGGAGAAGCAGGAGUGGCAGGGUGGAGGAGGAUCAGGAGUGGCCGGGUGGAGGAGGAGUGGAGUGUGCGGGCAGGAGUGGCAGGGUGGAGGAGGAUCAGGAGUGGCAGGGUGGAGGAGGAGCGGAGUGUGCGGGCAGGAGUGGCAGGGUGGAGGAGGAGCAGGAGUGGCAGGGUGGAGGAGGAUCAGGAGUGGCAGGGUGGAGGAGGAGUGGAGUGUGCGGGCAGGAGUGGCAGGGUGGAGGAGGAGCAGGAGUGGCAGGGUGGAGGAGGAGCAGGAGCAGGAGUGGCAGGGUGGAGGAGGAGCAGGAGUGGCAGGGUGGAGGAGGAUCAGGAGUGGCAGGGUGGAGGAGGAGUGGAGUGUGCGGGCAGGAGUGGCAGGGUGGAGGAGGAGCAGGAGUGGCAGGGUGGAGGAGCCAGUGGAGCUGUCUGAGUACGGGGGUGAAGUGGUCAGCUGUGGGGGUCCGGGUGAUGUGGUCAGCUGUGGGGGUCCGGGUGAUGUGGUCAGUUGUGGGGGUCCGGGUGAUGUGGUCAGCUGUGGGGGUCCGGGUGAUGUGGUCAGUUGUGGGGGUCCGGGUGAUGUGGUCAGCUGUGGGGGUCCGGGUGAUGUGGUCAGUUGUGGGGGUCCGGGUGAUGUGGUCAGCUGUGGGGGUCCGGGUGAUGUGGUCAGUUGUGGGGGUCCGGGUGAUGUGGGGGUGAUGUGGUCAGCUGUGGGGGUCCGGGUCAGCUGUGGGGGUCCGGGUGAUGUGGGGGUGAAGUGCGGAAAGCUGGAGUGUGCGGGCAGGAGGAGUGGCAGGGUGAGGGUGGAGGAGGAUCAGGAGUGGCAGGGUGGAAGAGGAGCAGGGUGGAGUAGGAGCAGGAGUGGCAGGGUGGAGGAGGAUCAGGAGUGGCAGGGUGGAGGAGGAGUGGAGUGUGCGGGCAGGAGUGGCAGGGUGGAGGAGGAGCAGGAGUGGCAGGGUGGAGGAGGAUCAGGAGUGGCAGGGUGGAGGAGGAGCAGGAGUGGCAGGGUGGAGGAGGAUCAGGAGUGGCAGGGUGGAGGAGGAGCAGGAGUGGCAGGGUGGAGGAGGAGCAGGAGUGGCAGGGUGGAGGAGGAUCAGGAGUGGCAGGGUGGAGGAGGAUCAGGAGUGGCAGGGUGGAGGAGGAUCAGGAGUGGCAGGGUGGAGGAGGAGCAGGAGUGGCAGGGUGGAGGAGGAUCAGGAGUGGCAGGGUGGAGGAGGAGCAGGAGUGGCAGGGUGGAGGAGGAGCAGGAGUGGCAGGGUGGAGGAGGAUCAGGAGUGGCAGGGUGGAGGAGGAGUGGAGUGUGCGGGCAGGAGUGGCAGGGUGGAGGAGGAGCAGGAGCAGGAGUGGCAGGGUGGAGGAGGAGCAGGAGUGGCAGGGUGGAGGAGGAUCAGGAGUGGCAGGGUGGAGGAGAAGCAGGAGUGGCAGGGUGGAGGAGGAUCAGGAGUAGCAGGGUGGAGGAGGAGUGGAGUGUGCGGGCAGGAGUGGCAGGGUGGAGGAGGAGCAGGAGCAGGAGUGGCAGGGUGGAGGAGGAGCAGGAGCAGGAGUGGCAGGGUGGAGGAGGAGCAGGAGUGGCAGGGUGGAGGAGGAGCGGAGUGUGCGGGCAGGAGUGGCAGGGUGGAGGAGGAUCAGGAGUGGCAGGGUGGAGGAGGAGCAGGAGCAGGGUGGCAGGAGGAGUGGAGUGUGCGGGCAGGAGUGGCAGGGUGGAGGAGGAGCAGGAGUGGCAGGGUGGAGGAGGAGCAGGAGUGGCAGGGUGGAGGAGGAUCAGGAGUGGCAGGGUGGAGGAGGAGCAGGAGUGGCAGGGUGGAGGAGGAGCAGGAGUGGCAGGGUGGAGGAGGAGCAGGAGUGGCAGGGUGGAGGAGGUCCGGGUGAUGUGGGGCUGUGGGGGUCCGGGUGAUGUGGUCAGCUGUGGGGGUCCGGGUGAUGUGGGGGUGAUGUGGUCAGUUGUGGGGGUCCGGGUCAGCUGUGGGGGUCCGGGUGAUGUGGGGGUGAUGUGGUCAGCUGUGGGGGUCCGGGUGAUGUGGGGGUGA